UAGAUUUAUGUUUGUUUUUAAUAAUAACUGUAACCAUUUCAGAAUGUCCUCAAAAAAUGCAUGGGGAAAAUUGUGUUCAUCCCUGUAGUUCAAAUUGUGCUAAAGGCAACUGUGAUAGAUUUAAUGGAAGUUGUUCAGAAGGAUGUAAAAAGCCAUAUAUUGGUAAAAUGUGUAACAAAAGAAAAGGUACUCUUUUUACGCUGACCCUCCGUUAUAAAAGUAUGCCUUCAAAACCACUUGUUUUUGGCGGGAUUUUUGGAGCAUGUGCCUCUUUUCUCAUCCUUUUAACAGUUACAGUUUUAUUAAUACGAAGAGGAAUUUUUCGAAACUGCAUAAGCAGGAGAAGACACUCCCAGACGUAUGUUUCCACCACAGAAACGUUACAGACAACGAUCGAAACAUUACAAACAUCGAAGGAUGAUUCGCAUAACUACCAAGCACUGCAUUCCUCCAAUGACGAAGGGAACUAUGUUUCUAUUGAAUCACCUAAAAAUGAUUCACACACUUACCAAGAGUUACGUGUCCCCAAGGAUAAUGAAAGUUAUGUUAUUAUGAAACUAGAAACAAAUUAAAAACAUUUUUAUCACGCUUCAGCAUCAUUGGAUUUCAUUUAUACUUUUAGAAAAAAGGAAAAUAAACAUUCGAAAAUUGAGGUUAUUAAACACAUGAAUUAGAUACUUGUUAUAUCUCAAUCGUGUUUUUCAAUGCUUUGCAUGUAUGUACAUGUAUGUAUGUAUUAUAAUUGAGUUUUUUUUUUUAUAAAGCUCCUUGUUGAUUCUGAUAGUGCUUUCAAUUGUUGGGUCUAUUUAAACUUUUAUAAGUUAGCAGCUAAUGUAUUUUUCAUUUAG